AUGCUUAAGAAUUCAACUUGGAAACUUGAAGAAACCAACUUGGCCAAUUUUGGUUCUGAACUUGAAAGGCAGCAUCGAAAAGAAGAAGGGGCGCUUGAAACAGCUUGGAACUAUGAAGGUUCACCUAUUGGACAUGAAACUGGUUUAUGGGUUUGGCGUGUACAAAAUUUUAAUUUAGUGGCUGUACCUUCAAGUCAAUAUGGAAAGUUUUAUCAAGGAGAUAGUUAUAUUAUCCUAAAGUCUUUUAAAAAAGAAAAUAGAGAAAGCUUGACUCAUCAUAUUCAUUUCUGGCUUGGUUUAGAAACUAGUCAAGAUGAAGCUGGCACUGCUGCUUAUAAGACAGUUGAAUUAGAUGAUUAUUUGGAUACUAUAGCUACUCAGUAUCGUGAAGUACAAUAUCGUGAAUCAAGAUUAUUCUCUAGUUAUUUUAAAUCUAUUAUCUAUUUACAAGGUGGGUUCGCUAGUGGCUUUCAUCAUGUAGAAGAAGAAGAAGAGUUUCCAACACGACUUUUACGAGUUCAUCGACCCAAACAUUUAGAAGGAACACGCACUCGUAAUGCAGUCGUCAUCUCAGAGGUUCUUCUUAGUUAUCAAAGUCUACGAUCCACUGCUGUCUUUAUCUUAGAUACUGGAGAUCUUAUCUAUCAAUGGCAAGGUGAAGCAUGUCAAGGUAUUGAAAAAGCAAAAGCGGCUGAAUUUAUUUCUCAAUUGAUUUCAGAAAGACACGGUAAAGGAGACAUGAUUAUUGUUGAACAAAAUACAAGUGGUGAACAUGAUUUCUUUGAUGCACUUGGAUCUAAUGGACCUAUUGUUGAAAAAGAUGAGAAUGAAGAAGAAGAAGAAGAAGAACAAGUUCAAAUCAAGAAAUUAUUGAGACUUAGUAGUUCUGGACCUUUUGGCAUGGGACAUUUGAAAUUUGAAAUGGUAGCUGAAGAGAGUAGGAUUACAAAGGAUAUGUUUGAUACACAUGAUGUAUUUAUAUUUGAUGUUGGACAUCAAGUUUAUGUUUGGAUUGGACAUAAAGCAAGCCGUAAAGAACGUAAACAUGGACUUGAAUAUGCUCAAAACUAUAUUACAGAAUCAAAUCGAUCUUCUUUUACACCUAUUUGUCAAGUGAUAGAAGGUGGAGAAGAUGAAUUGUUUGAAUCCAAUGUAGAAGGUUGGCAAGGAUGGUAA